AUGUUAGAAAUAAUACAAGAAACAAACUGUCUGAAGGAAGCUUCCCCAGAAACUGCCGUACGCGCCCACACGCGCCACGCCGGAGAAGCCACGCGCCGCCGCCGCCGGCGUCCAUCUCCCACACGCGCCGGUCACACAGCACCGCCUCCACCUGCAGAUCACGAAUCCGGCCUCCUUUUCACCAAACUCCUUCUGGAUUGGAAGAUUGAAGUGAAUGACCUGGCAGGGAUUCCGUUGCACAAAAGCUUCAACUCUGCAGUUGUUGAAGCAGGAGGUUAUGAGAAUCUUAGUUGUGUGGAAAAGGACUGUAGCAACUAUAUUGAAAAAGUGAGGCGGUUAAAACUUGGGGAGGGAGAUGCAGCAGCAAUACAGUCUUACUUUUCAGAAAUGCAAGCAGAGUGCUCGGGAUUUUACUUUAGCAUUGAUCUGGACGAAGAUUCAAGGCUGAGAAAUGUUUUUUGGGCAGACAAUCGAUGUCGUCAAGCAUAUAAGGAGUUCAGGGACAUUGUGACGUUUGAUACAACAUACCUCACUAAUAAAUAUGAUAUGCCGUUUGCCCCAUUUGUUGACGUAAAUCACCACGGACAAUCAACGCUUUUUGGUUGUGGUUUGUUAUCAAAUGAGAACACAGAUACUUUUGUUUGGCUAUUUAUGACAUGGCUUAAGUGCAUGCACAGUCAAGCGCCACAUGGAAUAAUAACCGAUCAAGACAGGGCCACGCAAAAUGCAAUACAAAUAGUUUUCCCUGAUACGAAGCACAGAUGGUGUUUAUGGCACAUUCUAAAGAAAUUGCCAGAGAAGUUUGGUUACCAUGUGGACAAGGGAUCUAUAUGUUCGACUAUACACGUAUUGGUGUAUGAUUCACAGAAUGUCGAAGAAUUCGAGGCCGGUUGGAAAAUAAUGAUAGAUAAAUAUGAGUUGGAAGACAGUGAAUGGUUGUCAGGUCUUUACGAAAAUAGAGGUCGAUGGGUUCCUUGCUUUCUAAAAAUAUCGUUCUGGGCCGGAAUGUCAUCAACACAACGAUCUAAGAGUAUGAAUGCCUUUUUCGAUGGAUAUGUGCACUCGAAAAGAUCGCUGAAGCAAUUUGUGGAACAGUAUGAACGUACACUACGGAACAAGGUGGAGAAGGAGUUCCAGGCUGAUUUCAAGUCAUUUUCGCAAAUGGUUCCGUGUGCAACGACGUAUGAAAUUGAGCAGCAAUUUCAGGCAGUAUACACAAUUUCAAAAUUUAGGGAAGUGCAACAGAGUUCGCAGGGAAGGUAUAUUGUGACAUCAUAUUUACGACGGAUGUUUAUUCAGGGUCGACCUACGAGGCAUGCAAUCGCAGUACUCAUCCGUAAUGACGUUCGUGUACUCCCAGACAGGUAUGUACUUCGAAGAUGGAGGAGAGAUGUUAGUAGAGCACACAUCAGGGUCGCUGUUAGCUAUAGUGGAUUGGUUAGCACUCCCGGACAGUUGCGUUAUGAUAGAAUGUGUCAGGCUUUCGCUACCAUUGCCGAUCUAGCUGCAGAAGACGAAGGUCGGACUCAUGCGAUUAUGGAAUGGAUAGGAGUUCAAGAGAAGGAACUCAUGAGUUCGAGGUCAAUUAGCGGAAGCAAUGUUGUACUGCAACGUACUACUCAAGUGUCAUCGAACAACAUAGGUUCGCAAAAGAAUGUAAGUUGCACAGUACUGGACCCUAACGCGGUGAACAAGAAGGGUGCACCUAAAAGAGUUCGGAGAAAGGGCCCGUUAAAGUCAACGUCAAAGAAGGCAACGGCUCCAUCGAAAGGCAAAAGACCAACUGCUAGGCGUACUUAUCCACCAGAUGGUGCAUCGUCCAUUCAAGCUCAUCAACAACAUGAUUCGUCAAUGUCCAUUCCGUUCUCCUACUCGCAGCUCUUGUUGGGUGACCAUGAUAGCCAAGUGUUUCCACAACAAUUAUCGAGUUCCACACCGAUCCAUCCGUCCUCGACCCAUCCAACAUUCAAUUCUUAA